AUGACUGACUAUAUGAAAGAGCUGGAGGAGGAGCGAGACACACUCAAGGUUAUUGAAGAUGCCGUGAGUCCCAGUGGUAUGAGUUUUAGCAAUGUGGUCACACAUAAGAUACAGGCACAAUGUAGCUGGGUCACUACUAGGAAAGGAAAAGACUGGCAAUUUGAUGAUUGCAAGCUGGCAAGAUCAGGUCCCCCAGCAACAAUAGUCACAAUUGAUGAAGAAAGUCGAAAUGGAACACUUCUCGUGGACAACUUGCAAAUUACUGGACAUGCGGGUGGCCCAAAUCCAACUAUUGCCUUAUCACUAAAAGGCAAUGAUGACUACUGGGUACUCCUGGAUGCUGUCAACCAGAAACUGUAUUUGAAUAGCACUGGCAGAGUCCUGGACAGAGAUCCUCCAUACAAUAUCCAGUCCAUUGUUGUUGUGCUUGAUUGCAUGAACCUGCGAGUUGGAAGUGUCAUCAAACAUGAAGUGCGAAUUAUUGUAAGAGACAGAAAUGACAACUCUCCAUCUUUUCAACAAUCGCGAUAUCAUGUGGAAAUUAAUGAGUUGACACCAGUUGGGACAACCAUUUUUACUGGUUUCUCGGGAAGAAAUGGAGCCACUGACAUCGAUGAUGGCCCUAAUGGACAGAUUGAAUAUGUUAUUCAACAUAAUCCAAAUGAUCCAGAAUCUGGCAGGACAUUUGACAUUCCACUCUCAUUAACAGGAGCUGUGGUCUUAAGGAGAAGACUAAAUUAUGAAGAAAAAACACGUUACUAUGUCAUUGUUCAAGCCAAUGACCGAGCUCCAAAUCCACGGAACAGAAGAACCAGCACAACUACGCUAACAGUCGAUGUAUUGGAUGGAGAUGAUCUUGGCCCAAAGUUCCUUCCAUGUGAACUGGUCAAUAACACAAGGGAUUGCCGACCCCUUACAUACAGGGCCAGUUUGCCUGAGCUGACAGAUCCGGCAAGGAUAAACCCAGUGAAUGUGACGCCCCGGAUUUUAGCUGUUGAUCAGGACAUGAAUAUUAAACCAACUGAUGAUCAACCAGGGAUUGUCUACAGCAUUCUUGUUGGUACACCUGAGGAUUAUGCUAAGUACUUCUAUCUGAAUAAUAUCACCGCAGAGCUUUAUCUCCUCCGACCAAUAAAUAGGGAUUUUCAUCAGAAAUUUGAUUUGGUUAUUAAGGCAGAACAAGACAACAGACAUCCACUACCAGCUUUUGCCGAUUUGCAUAUAGAGGUUCUGGAUGAAAACAACCAAGCCCCGUACUUUGAACAAACCACCUACCAAGGGUUCAUCAUUGAGUCUGCUCCAGUGGGAACAACUGUUUCAGAUAGCUGGAAUUUAACAACACCAUUAAGUAUUGUAGCCCUGGAUAAUGAUGUGGAAGAGGUGUCACCAGGUACUACUCCCACGAAAGAUCCAAAGCUGCAGAUCUCAGUGAACAACUUCAUCACAGCUUUUAUGAUAACGCCUUUUGGCAUAACCCGUUACCUUACUUUGCAUGAGCCAGUUGAUCGGGAGCGUCAGCAAAACUACACUUUUACAAUGACUGCUUCUGAUGGAGUUCAAGAGAGUACCUCCGUCACUGUCAAUGUCAUGGUGAUCGAUGCAAAUGACAACACUCCAGUUUUUCAGAACAUUUCCUACAAAGUGAAUGUUUACACAGACAUGAGGCCUGGAGAAACUGUAAUACAGCUUACUGCAUCAGAUGCUGAUGAAGAUAAGAAUGGAAGAAUCACUUAUGAAAUUGUGACUGGUGACCAUGGGGACUUUGUAAUAAAUAACAGCAGUGGAUUGAUCACCAUUGCUCCAGGAGUGACUUUAAAUGUUGGACAGACCUAUGCUCUUACUGUCAAGGCGACUGACAAUGCUCAUCCAGCUGUAAGAAGAAGCUCUAUUACAACUGUAUAUAUUGAGGUUCUUCCUCCAAACAACCAGAGUCCUCCAAGGUUUCCACAAAUGAUGUACAAUUUUGAAGUGAGUGAAGCUAUGAGAAGAGGAGCUGUUUUGCUGAAUUUAAAGGCCACAGAUCGUGAGAGAGAUCCAAUCACUUAUCGUAUUAUAAAUGGAGAUCCGCAGCAGGUUUUCAACAUUACUCAGAGCACUGGACUGUUAGUCUUAGAAAAAUCUUUAGACAGGGAGAGUACUGAUCGAUACAUAUUGAUUGUCACGGCAUCGGAUGGCAAACCUGAUUCAACUUCUACCACUACCGUCAACAUAAUGGUUACUGAUGUCAAUGAUAAUGAUCCAAAGUUUGAUGCCAUCUUUCUUAAGAAUUUCACUGUAUUGGAGGAAGAAGCAAAUAUCUACGUUGGACAAGUGAGGGCCACUGAUCCAGAUGCAGGUAUUAAUGGGCAGAUUCACUACAGUUUGGGAAACUUCGAUAACCUUUUCAGAAUAACGUCAAACGGUAGCAUUUACACAAUGACGUCACUGGACCGAGAGACCAAAGAUAGGUAUGACCUGCUUGUGCAAGCUUCAGAUGGAGCUCAGAAUCCUCGCCGCUCGACCUUGACUGUCCCGAUCAGAGUCCUUGAUGUUGAUGACAACAGUCCUGUUUUCUCACAAUCCACCUACAUUGUGUCUGUGCCAGAGAACAAUGAAGCUGGAAUGGUCAUUCUGCAGUUACAGGCAACAGAUGCUGACCUUGGUCCAAAUACAACGUAUCGCAUCAGAUCUGUGGAUGCCAAGAAGUUAUUUUCUGUCAAUCCCCAGACAGGAGAAUUGUCAAUUUUAGAGUCUAUGGAUUAUGAAACUCUGGAUACUGCAGAUGCAAGCUACACUUUUGUUGUUGAGGCAGUGGAUGGUGGGGGAAGCAUGCCUCCGGGUCUUGCUACUGUGAUUGUCCAAAUACAGGAUAUGAAUGACUAUGCGCCUGUAUUUAGUAAACCUGUCUAUAAAGGACUGGUGGCACCAGAUGCACUCAAGGGGAGCCUUAUCACUGUCGUGUCAGCUGAAGAUAUGGACCCUCCUGGGAGCCCAGCAAGCAGUGUCCGAUACAAGGUGGAUCUGACCGAGUUUCCAUACAGUGCAAGCAUAUUUGAAGUGGAGGAAGACACAGGGCAGGUGCUUACUCGAGUAAAUCUCAAUGAGGAACCUAAUACAGUUUUCAAGCUGGCAGUAAUUGCUUAUGAUGAUGGAGAACCAAUGAAAUUUAAUACCACCAUAGUCGAAGUUACUGUACUGCAACCAUCUGUAAUUCCACGCUUUACACAAGAAGAUUACAGACCUCCACCUGUAAGUGAAAGAGCUCCAGUAGGAACCGUGGUUGAAACUGUAAUAGCAGCUGCUAUCAAUCAAACUGUAGUGUAUUCAAUUAUAGCAGGAAAUGACGCUGGAGUGUUUAAAAUCAACAAUCGCACAGGAGACAUCACAACAAAUAAAACAUUGGAUUAUGAAUCCAUAAAAGACUACGAAAUUAGAAUCCAGGCAGAUUCAUUGCUGUUCUUUAGAUCAAACCUCAGGGUUCCUUCAAGAACAAACACAGCAAAGGUUUUCAUUGAGGUACAAGAUGAAAAUGAUCAUCCGCCUGUUUUCACCAAAUCUCUCUAUUUGGGUGGGGUGACUGAAGAUGCCAAGACAUUCACCACCGUGCUGCGAGUUCAGGUUGAAGACAAGGACAGUGGAAACUACAGUAUAUCUCAGUUCCGACUAAUCAUACCACCCACAAAAGAUGGAAAGGAUGGCUUCGUGAUAGAGGAAUACACUGGUGUAAUCAAGACGUCCAUUACAUUCAGAAACAUGAGGCGCUCAUAUUAUAAGUUUGAAGUUAUUGCUACAGACAACUAUGGCACAGAACUGAGCAGCAGUGCACAAGUUGUUGUCUCAGUAGUGAAUGAGUUGGAUAUGCAGGUGAUUGUUUCAAAUGUUCCUCCUACACUAGUGGAACAGAACAAGGAUCAGCUAAUUGGAAUUUUGGAGCGUUAUGUGCAGGAUCAAAUUCCAGGUGCAAAAGUAGUGGUGGACUCCAUUGGACCUCGGAGGCAUGGGGAUGGCUUUCAGGAAGAGGAUUACUCCAAGUCAGAUCUCAUGGUUUAUGCCAUAGACCCACUGACAAACAGAGCAAUAUCAAGGAAUGAGCUUUUCAAAUUCUUAGAUGGGAAGCUGUUAGACAUAAACAAAGACUUUCAGCCUUACUUGGGACAAGGAGGUCGCAUUCUUGAAAUUCGUACACCUGAUGUGGUGGCAAAUGUACAGAAGCAGGCACAGGCUGUGGGCUACACGGAAGGUGCUCUAUUGGCUCUGGCGAUUAUUAUCAUCCUCUGUUGCUUGCCCGCAAUUCUGAUCGUUAUGGUCACCUACAGGCAGCGACAGGCAGAGUGUGCGAAGACUGCACGAAUCCAGAUGGCUUUGCCAGCAGGGAAAUCAACCAGUGGCCCAGCAGCAAACCUGUAUGAAGAACUGGGUGACAACACCAUGAGGGGAUAUGGACAACAGGAGCAACAGCAAUUGCUGAGACCUUCGCUUCUCAGACCUGAGGAACUCUCUAUGGAAUCAGGCAUUGAUCCUGGCCAGGACUACUAUGCACAGGAUUACUAUAAUUAUGAGCCUGGGUAUGAAGUACCACAAUAUGGAAGUCGUCGCCGAUUAAUCUCUCCCUCCGGAAUGUAUGAUGAUUAUGGUGAGGUGGUGAUGGAAGAUGAUGGGGGCUACUAUUAUAGUCCACAGGGAUCGAAUGCAGAUGGAGAGUGGGCUCGCCAUAAAAGAAUAAAAUUGGUGGUGGAUCGUGAGUAUGAAACCAGUUCAACUGGUGAGGACAGUGCACCGGAGGCACAAAGGAUUCGCAUUAAGCACCCAAAUAACCACGGCAACAUUAGCAGUAGCAUCUACGUUGUUCAAAAUGGGUCCAUCAUAAGAACGAGGCGCAGUUGCCCUCCCAACAAUGGGAAAGUAGCUUCACCCCCAAGAGUGGGAAAGCAUUUUAAGAAGCUGGAUAAGCUGGCAGCCACACAGGAGGAAAAAACCCCAUUGAACAAUCCAUCAUCGUCAAAUGCAACGGCUUCUUGCAGCAAUGACAAUCUCAAUGCAAGGCCGUCGAGCAGCUCUAUGGCUUCUAGGAGCACAGAGCCCAGCAACUGCAUGUCCAGACUGAGCAUCGUAAAGACAAAGGCUGACAGAGCAAAAAGCACAGAUGACCAAGAAUCAACUAUUGACACUGAAGACGUUAAGGAGCCUUUGGAAUGUCACAGUGAUCAAACACAAUCUGACGAGGAGGAACUGUGGAUGGGGCCCUGGAAUAAUCUUCACAUACCAAUGACAAAACUCUAAAUUAGAAUUUUUAUUGCAAUUAAUGACAAAGAAAUCACUUUUUUAUGGUUACUGUGGAAAAAUAACAAUGUUUUCCAAUUUGUUCAUUUUGGAAGGUGCAUUUUGAUUUAUAUGACUUGCAUUCAAUGGGGUUGUCAGGCAUUCACAUUCCAACUUUCACAGAAAUGGGCUGCAUCUUUAGUCACAAAGAAUUCCUUGAAUAUGAUAGUGAUUUCAUGCUUCGAAGGUGAAUAUGGAGUAAUAGACUUGAUCUAAUACUUGCCCUGCUUGGCAAUCACAAUGAAGUAAACCUAAAGGUUCACUGUUUGAGGGACUGAAGUAAAUUGGUUUCUUUACAUCAAACGUAACUCUUAUCUAUUUUUGCAGAUGUUGAUAGAUUACACUGAUUUCAAAUGGUGGGCUUGAUUUGACAGAGCUAAUUACCUUCAGUGACUGAUGGAAAUUUCUAAAUGUACUGGGGUACAAAUUCAUCUUCAGACAUGUGCACUGAAUGCAAAUUGUAAUAGUGGGUGCUUUUGUUGACUUUGCUGGAACAGAAUUUCAGAAGAGAAGUACAACGUGAUUGCACGACUCCAUUCCGCGUUUAGCACUUGGCUGAUGACAAAUUUAUUAGAAAUAAAAUAAAUUAUACUUUUUGAAAGCCUCCCCUCCCCCAUCGCUUCACACCACUCUUAAGUUACUGUCCCCCACCUUGUGAACAGAGAUCUCAACAGGUAACCAUUGAAAGAAAAAAAAAUAAUCAGCUAAUUUAUAACAAGGAAAAAUCUUAAAUAUUUGGUCUUGACACUCUAGAGACAGUACAGGAUAAUGUUUGAAUGAAUGAAACAUAGUACUUAUUUGCAGUUCUAUCUACGUUUCUAGAAUUGAGUUGCAACUUAUUUUUGGGGGUUUUAUACUUUGAAGCGUGUUAAUUAUCUUUUGUUGUGUGAAUUAAUUUCAGAAACUAAAGCAUUGAAACAGUUAUUCCACUUCAAUCUUAAAUUUCUGUUAUGAUAUUGAAUUCAGAUUAGAUAAACAGUGAUCUAUGGUAACAGUGCAUUGCAUAAAUCUGACACCUACUGAGAUGUGCCCAGGUGCUACUGACAAAAUAUUAGUUUCAGGAGGUAGUCGAGAGAGAUUUAAGGAAGGAUUUCCACACACAUAUGGUGAAUUCAAUCUGCCAAUGAUUAAACAGAACAUGAGGUUGUUGUCACACAAUAUAUUAUUGUAUUUGGCUAGCAAUCUUUUGCAUGGGCAAACUCUGUUUUGUUGGUACAUUUGAGAAUAGAUCUUGGCAAGUUUUAAACAUCUCUGUUCUUUUCAUCUCCCCCAUCACUGAAGUCUGCCACAUAAUUUUAUAAAUGGUGUUGAUUAACCAACAUAUGCAGAGUUUAGGUAAUAUUUCAUAAAUCAUACAGUAACUUCUGUAAAGCUGGACAUUUUAUUUUAAAUUAUUGCAAUACUCAUUAGAUCUGUGCACUCAUAGAAUUCCCUCUCAAUGAUGACAUAUAAAAUCUAGCACUGAAUGUGACACUUGACAUUUUUAUAGUGAGUAUUAUUCAAGCUGGACUGAUCGUCAAAAAGUUGAACACUAAAAUUUGUGGUCAUCCAGUAAGACUGAGCAUCCCACAAUUAUAUUGCCUAUCUGACCAUUCUGCAUGAAAGAGCUGGUAGUAAAUACCAGCAAGCUAUUGACAACAGCAGUACUGUGCUUUUACUUCUUUUCUGAAAAUUAUAAACUUUGAUAGUCUAAUAAUAAUAGAAAACCAAUGUUCUAUCCACACUAAAGUUCUGUUAUUAACUAUGUUUUCAAUUUUAUUAAAUAUUUUCCUAAAAUGUUUAAUAAUUUUAUAUUCUUGAAGCCAUGAUUCAUAAGAUUUACUUUGCUAUUGUGCAUAACUUAUAGUAUCAAUGAUUUAAAUCUUACAUUUUAAAUGGAAGGUAUUUAAAAGUUCUGAAUUUUGACUUCUGCCAAUGCAAAUCAUUCUGUUCUUCUAAAUCAGUGUAUUUGAGUUACCCCCCCCCCCCCCGGACCGAAUAAAUCAAAAUUGCUAACAUGGUUUAUACUUAUGGGAUAUUGUAAAUGUGGUCCAGGUUAGAGAAAGUUAAAAUAUGAAUUGUUUUUUCAAGUGUACUAGAUCUCAGCAAUGUGGAUCUGUAAAGGCAACACUGUUCGGUUCAAAGUAUUUACAUCAGUUUGGACCUAUAAAAAGGUGAGGUGUUAAAUAGAAUUAAAAACAAUCAAAGUGCCAAAGAGUCACUGAAAUUUAUAACAUGAUAGCUUAGCUCCUGUUCUGGACAACCAUUCUAAUUUUAUGUCUGCCAUCCUAACUUCAAAAAAAAAUCAUAUUCUUUUGGGCACAGAAUUCGAUUUUCUAUUUUGAGGGAAUAAUAGAUUAUUUCUAUUUUAAAGCCCCUUUCUGUGCUAACCAAUUCCCUCCAUGAGUUUCAAAUCACUAAAUCAUUCCCUGUUGUUAAGCCAAUCUGCGCAAUGCCUGUUCUUUGCUUAUUGUACUGUUCCAAUUAUUUCUUUAUGAGAAAUAGCUGAAAAACAUGUUGUGUAAUCUGGCCAAUUCAUUUGAAAUAUAUAUUUGACUGCUCUGGUCUAUUCACUCCAACAUCAUUUUGCCAUUUCUUGUCAAUUCGUAUACCUUUUCUAAGCCAUUGCUUCCAACUAUGUUCUACUAUUUGCACUUGCAUGUUUUAGAACUUGGGUGUAAUAUAUAAUCUUCCACCUCUUCAGUGCUUGUUCAGUUGCUACUGUUCUCCAUGUGUAGCAUCACCAGCAGAUUUAUGGUUAGUUUGCUAUCCAUCUCCCAGAAGACAACAAGAAAUCAAAUGUUACCUUCAUCUGGAUCUUCAUUGAAUAUUUGCUUGGAACUGAUGUCACAAGUGUGUUCGCAGAUUCGCUUGCUUUUAAUCUUUCAUGUUAAAGUUCUAAUGGAGGCUUUUCAAAAAACACAAUUUUAUGGUAUAUCGUAACAUUGUAGCAUCUUUAAAUUAAUUAAGGCAGCUCCUUUCCAAAAUCUGUGCUGACUAUCCCACUGAGACUUUAUGCUGCAUGGCUACCAUAAUAAUAUGAGUUUAAUGAGACUGUAGUUGUCUUGGUUCCAUUCAACAUCCUUUUCUGUUCAUGAACUUUAUUAAUGUCAGUGACUUCUGCAUGCCGUAUUUCAAAAUAAUUGAUGCGUUAGCACCAUUAGAUAUUAAAUGUGCUGUGAGUUUGCAAGUGCUAGAAACUCCAUGAAGCACCCUGUUCUCCAAGGGCUUAUCAUUGCAUUGUAUUGUAUGGCACAGAGACAAGUUAUUCAGCCCACUAGACAAUGCUAUCAUUAAUGCUGUAUUCAAGUCUCCUCAUGUCUUUCCCUAUCUAAACGUAGCAGCAUAACAAUCUUUUGCUAUUAACUUCAUAAUGGUGCAAAUGUCAUGAGUUCACCAAAUCUGUGAUUCACCUCCAUUUUACACGUGGUCUGUGAGAUUACCAAAUCAGGCAACGGUACCAGUUAAUCCAUUCUGUAUCCUCUGUACUCACUGACAUGAUCAUGAGAUCUCUUGUCCUUUACAGGUAAAUAAAACCUUAGUAUUAAUUUAACUUCAGCCUGCUCACAACUUAAUUUGCUUUCAA